CAAACCUGCUGCUUUCUCAUCUUGACCACCGGCUCUCUCUCAACUAAGAAACCAAGGAUGUCUGGCAUCAUGAAGGUGUUUCUGCUCCUGGCCGUUGCGAUCUGCAUCUCUAAAGCUCAACUGAAUGAACCAGGACAGAGCUGUCUUUGUCAGCGUGUCAGAAAUGGUGUCUUCUCAAAGUCUGACAUAAGGGACAUCCAGAUUUACCCUGCAUCUAUCUUCUGUAAUAAAGUUGAGAUUGUUGUGACCAGUGUAAACGGCCGCUACUGUCUGAACCCUGAACUUCAAAUUGUGAAAAAGAUGCUUACCAGAGUCUUAAGGAGAAAGACCGCCUCCACUUCCAAGCCCACCAGUCUCAGUAGCAGCUCAGUCAGCAGCAGCACCACAGCUAAGAUCUGACUCUCCAUGUUGAAAAGAGAACUUCCCCUCAGCUCCAGCAACAAAUGUACCUUCAAUAAAGACUGCUGAAGCCAAAGGAUAUUAAACUAUAUAGAUUGCUGAAGCCCAAGGAUAUUAGACUAUAUAUAUUUGUUUUUAUUUAUGCAAAUGUGUGUGUAUGCAGCACAACAAUGCUGAAUGUCAUGUUUUUUUGUGCCACUGUUGUGGAGUAAGACAUUUUUAUGAAAACUAUUUUAUUUUUAUUAUUGCGUUUCAUGGCUGUUUUUCUAAUAAAAAAAAAGAA